GUUUGAAAAAGGACGGAUUUAUACAUUUAUUGGGGAGGUGGUCGUUUCCAUGAAUCCUUACAAAAACUUGACCAUCUAUGGGCGUGACAUGAUUGAGCAGUACAAAGGAAGGGAAUUGUAUGAGAGGCCUCCUCACCUCUUUGCAAUUGCUGAUGCCGCUUACAAAGCGAUGAAGAGGCGAUCAAAAGACACCUGUAUUGUAAUAUCAGGUGAAAGUGGGGCUGGGAAAACUGAGGCCAGUAAAUAUAUUAUGCAGUACAUAGCAGCCAUUACCAACCCUGGCCAGAGAGCAGAGGUGGAAAGAGUGAAGAACAUACUGCUGAAAUCCAACUGUGUGUUAGAGGCCUUUGGUAAUGCCAAAACAAACCGUAAUGACAAUUCCAGCAGGUUUGGAAAAUACAUGGAUAUCAACUUUGAUUUUAAAGGAGACCCAAUAGGUGGGCACAUCAAUAAUUACCUACUAGAAAAGUCUCGUGUGAUUGUGCAACAGCCGGGAGAACGAAGCUUUCAUUCUUUUUACCAGCUCCUCCAGGGGGGUUCUGACCAGAUGUUACGUUCCCUACAUCUUCAGAAGGAUGCAUCUGCAUACAACUAUAUCUGUCCUGGAGCACAGAUAAAGUGUUCCAUCAAUGAUGGCGCAGAGUUCAAAGCAGUAGCUGAUGCCAUGAAAGUGAUAGGCUUCAAGCAAGAGGAGAUUCAGACUGUCUACAAAAUUGUGGCAGCCAUUCUUCACUUGGGGAACUUGAAGUUUUCUGUGGAUGGUGAUACGCCUGUAAUAGAAAAUGGCAAGGUUGUGUCGAUCAUCGCAGACUUGCUGUCAACGAAAUCUGAUAUGGUGGAGAAGGCUCUUUUGUUUCGAACUGUAGCUACAGGUCGGGAUGUCAUUGACAAACAGCAUACUGAACAAGAAGCUACCUAUGGCAGAGAUGCCUUUGCAAAAGCUAUAUAUGAGCGCCUCUUUUGUUGGAUUGUGACACACAUCAAUGAUGUGAUUGAAGUGAAGAACUACGACACUACAAUACAUGGGAAAAACACCGUCAUUGGCGUCCUGGAUAUCUAUGGCUUUGAAAUAUUCGACAAUAACAGUUUUGAGCAAUUUUGUAUUAAUUACUGCAAUGAAAAGCUACAGCAGCUCUUUAUUCAGCUGGUUCUAAAGCAGGAGCAGGAAGAGUACCAGCGAGAGGGAAUUCCCUGGAAGCAUAUUGAUUACUUUAACAAUCAGGUCAUCGUUGACCUGGUAGAGCAGCAGCACAAAGGGAUCAUUGCCAUUCUGGACGAUGCCUGCAUGAAUGUCGGAAAAGUUACAGAUGAGAUGUUCCUCGAGGCUCUUAAUAACAAGCUAGGGAAGCACGCUCAUUUCUCCAGCAGAAAGCUUUGUGCGACUGACAAAACGCUGGAGUUUGACAGAGACUUUCGAAUCAAGCACUACGCCGGAGAUGUGAUUUACUCGGUCACUGGAUUUAUUGACAAAAACAAGGACACUUUAUUUCAAGACUUCAAGCGCCUCAUGUACAACAGCUCUAACCCUGUGUUGAAGAUGAUGUGGCCUGAAGGUAAACUGAGCAUCACAGAGGUAACCAAGAGACCUCUGACAGCUGCUACUCUUUUUAAGAACUCCAUGAUUGCACUGGUGGACAACCUGGCAUCAAAGGAACCUUAUUACGUCCGUUGCAUUAAGCCCAACGAUAAGAAAUCACCACAGCUUUUUGACGAGGAGCGUUGCAGGCAUCAAGUUGAAUACCUUGGCCUUUUGGAGAACGUGAGAGUCCGCCGAGCAGGCUUUGCCUACCGCCAAACAUACGAGAAGUUUCUUCACAGGUACAAGAUGAUCUCGGAAUUCACUUGGCCAAACCAUGACCUCCCUUCAGACAAAGAUGCUGUGAAGAAGCUCAUAGAGUGUCAUGGAUUUCAGCACGAUGUUGCUUAUGGCAAGACCAAGAUUUUCAUCCGCACACCUCGAACUCUGUUCACCUUGGAGGAACUGCAUGCCAAGAUGCUUGUGAGGAUUGUGCUCUUCCUACAGAAG